AUGGAGUGCAGGACCAAGGAAAAUCCAGAAAGAACCUUUGACUUGGUAUUGAAGGUGAAAUGCCAUGCCUCAGAAAAUGAAGAUCCUGUGAUAUUGUGGAAAUUCCCAGAGGACUUUGGAGACCAGGAAGUACUACAGAGCGUGCCAAAGUUCUGUUUCCCCUUUGACGUUGAAAGGGUAUCCCAAAAUCAAGUUGGACAGCACUUUACCUUUGUACUGACAGACAUUGAAAGUAAACAAAGAUUUGGGUUCUGCAGACUCACAUCAGGAGGCAAAAUUUGUUUAUGCAUCCUUAGUUACUUGCCAUGGUUUGAAGUAUAUUACAAGCUUCUAAAUACUCUGGCAGAUUACUUGUCUAAGGAACUGGAAAAUGAUUUGAAUGAAACACUCAAAUCACUCUAUAACCACCCAGUACCAAAGGCAAACACUCCCGUCACUUUGAGUGUGAAUCAAGAAAUAUUUAUUGCCAGUGAGCAAGUAUUGAAAGAUCAGCUCUCACUAAUACCGCAUUCCUACUUCAUUGCCCCUGAUGUAACUGGACUCCCAACAAUACCUGAGAGUAGAAAUCUUACAGAAUAUUUUGUUGCUGUGGAUGUGAACAAUAUGCUGCAACUGUAUGCCUGUAUGCUGCACGAAAGGCGCAUCAUUAUUACCUCUAGCAAAUUAAGCACUUUAACUGCCUGUCUCCAUGGAUCGGCUGCUCUGCUCUACCCAAUGUAUUGGCAGCAUAUAUACAUCCCAGUGCUUCCUCCACACCUGCUGGACUACUGCUGUGCCCCAAUGCCAUACCUGAUUGGAAUACACUCCAGCCUCAUAGAGAGAGUGAAAAACAAAUCAUUGGAAGAUGUGGUUAUGUUAAAUGUUGACACAAAUACUCUAGAAUCACCAUUUAAUGACUUGAACAACCUGCCAAGUGAUGUGGUCUCAGCCUUGAAAAAUAAACUGAAGAAACAGUCUACAGCUACCGGUGAUGGACUAGCUAGGGCCUUUCUUAGGGCACAGGCUGCUUUGUUUGGAUCCUACAGAGAUGCUCUGAGAUACAAACCUGGUGAGCCUGUCACUUUCUGUGAGGAAAGUUUUGUAAAGCAUCGCUCAAGUGUGAUGAAACAGUUCUUGGAAACUGCUGUUAACCUUCAACUUUUUAAGCAGUUUAUAGAUGGUCGACUGGCAAAACUAAAUGCAGGAAGGGGUUUCUCUGAUGUAUUUGAAGAAGAAAUCAGUUCAGGUGGCUUUUGUGGAGGGAACCCAAGGUCAUAUCAACAAUGGGUACAUACAGUAAAGAAAGGAGGUGCACUGUUCAACACAGCAAUGACCAAAGCAACGCCUGCAGUACGGACAGCUUAUAAAUUUGCAAAAAACCACGCAAAGCUGGGAUUGAAGGAAGUGAAGAGUAAACUGAAGCACAAGGAAAAUGAAGAAGACUACAGGACCUGUUCUGGUUCGGUACAAUAUACACCAGUUUACACUUUACACAGCGAAAAGGGAGGAAACAUAGAAAAGCGUAAGCUUGCCCAGGCACGCUUAAAAAGGCCUCUUAAGAGCCUGGAUGGUGUUCUGUAUGACGAUGAGGAGGACGACAUUGAAAGAGCAAGCAAGUUAUCUUCUGAAGAUGGCGAGGAAGCUUCUACUUAUUUUUAUGAAAGUGAUGACUCUGUUGAAACAAAAGCAAUGAUUCCUUAUCCAGGUGAAAUGGACUUGUUAGGAGAGAUCCUCGACACACUGAGCACACAUAGCUCAGAUCAAGGAAAGCUGGCAGCUGCAAAGAGCUUGGAUUUCUUUAGAUCAAUGGAUGAUAUUGAUUACAAACCUACGAAUAAAUCCAAUGCUCCUAGUGAGAAUAACCUGGCUCUCCUAUGUGGAGGUUCUGGUGAUCAAACAGAGUGGAAUCUCGGGCAGGACGAUAGUGCUCUCCAUGGUAAACACCUCCCUCCAUCUCCCAGGAAGAGGGUUUCCUCUAGUGGCUUGACAGAUUCUCUCUUCAUCCUAAAAGAGGAAAACAGUGAAAAACACCUCAGUGCUGACAAUUUGAGUAACCCUACUGUGGUGGAAAAGCCAGAUCUUACUGCAGGAUUGAGUUUUCCAAUAGCUGUCACUGAAGUAUCCCAGACUGAUAAAGGAAGAAGAGAAAAGAAAGAAACACUAAGCCAGAUUUCAGAUGAUCUGCUUGCGCCCAGCCUUGGGCAACGUCCAUCUACUUUCGUUCCUUGGGAGAAAGAAGGGAAAGUCAAAACAACUUCAGAAGAUAUUGGACUGCUCCAUGAAGUAGUGUCAUUAUGUCACAUGUCAUCUGACUUCCAACAAGGUUUAACCAUUUCAGAAGAAAAUACAAGGGGAAACCAAGCUUAAGUCACCAAUUAAGGGUCAUUCACUUGCAUCUAAGCUUCUAUGGAAACAUUUUGGGAUU